AUGCCAAUUGUGGGGCGGCCUGCUCAGAUUCAGGAUCUUCCAUUGAAUUCAAUUGAUGACCAGGUCCCAUGUGCAGUAUAUUGCUUGCUUUUAAGUAUGUCUCCUAUCAAUGCACAGUUCUAUCAAAUGCGAGUGACUGACUUCACCAAGCACCCAUAUCUCAAAACACAAUAUGAUGAACGAAUUCUGAGUGAGUACUUCAUUGACAAGGAUCGAAUAGCAAGCAUUGAUAUCCACAAGAGUAAAUGGCGAUCUGCAGUCAACGCUGCUCGUGAACAAUUCUCAGGGGAUUUUGAACAACCAGUCGAUAGUGUUAAGCUCAUAAAUGAAUUGGUGUUUUGCAAACUCACAUUGAAGUCAAAGUCAUAUAACAAUGUUCUUGAACCCCGAGUGAUGUAUAUUGAAUUUGUCGGAAGGAAUUGCAACGAAGAUAAUUAUCUCAAGCUAUUGGAUUCUGUACUCUCCGACCUUCCAUUUAGUUUCGUUAUGAGUCAGAGAGAUAAAUUCAAGCAGAGGUUUCCUCCGUCUAUUUUGGCCAAAUGGGAAAGUAUUAUUGAAUCUAGAGAGAGAUCUUUAAGGAGUGUCACACAACUUGAAUCACAAGUAAAAGUCGAGGCAGGAGAUACUUCGCGAUCUCUGGCCAUUGAAUUUUCCGACUUGGAGGUAUCUGACGAAGAACUGAACAUAGUAGAGAAUCAAUGGCGUCCAAAAAGGAGGCAUUCCAACCCCAUAUACCCUCUGAAGAGAAUUAAUGGCCCAAAAAACAAUAAAGUCACUGAACAGAUCUCAAUUCUGAACCUCAAAAGGCUUGAAGAAUGUGAAGUCAAUGGCCAUUACUUCCUUAUCAAUGGUCAAAUAGUCGAAACAUUUCCCCAAAAUUGGAGCUAUGUUUGUGUGAAAUCGUACGUGGGAGUUAACUCCACGUACGAAUUUUCUGAUCCAAUGCUUAGAGAAGUGGAAUUGAUAAUUGCUGACAAGGAAGGCUUUUUCUUAAAUAUAUGGCUUGAUAAGAAUCAACUCCUAUCCUUGUUUGGGAAGCUUGUUGAAGUCAUAUUUUGUGAAGCAUCAAAAACGGUACCCAUGCUUUUCAAAGAUCACGAGUUUGAGGUAGUUAGAUGCAGAAGAAAGAUAGGAAACUCUUUAGUUCCAACGUGGACUUUUACAGAUCCAUGUUUAAAACAGUUGAGGAAUGAAAUAAUUGGUAUUAGCGACGAAGGUACUUAA